AGCAUCCGUAUUUAAAGGCGCCAACAGUGCUCGGUUCAGAAUCAGUCGUGUGUGGGUCUGUUUUUUCUCCUGGGCUGCUUUGUGUAGGUUAAGUUGUUGGUAAGGCGGACGCUGAAGAUGCCGGAGGAAAACACUGUCGCCGCUUCUUCGACCAGUGAGGCUGUGGAAGAGAAGCCUUGCUCCUCCAGUGCUGCAGAGAGCUCUGGUGAUGUGGCUGAAGAGGCGAAGAAGCUGAUUGGCACUGGAAACAGGCAUCUGGUCAUGGGAGAUGUUGUGUCUGCAGUCACAGUGUUUCAGGAGGCCUGUGCUAUGCUAGCUGAAAAAUAUGGGGACACAGCUGAUGAAUGUGGAGAGGCGUUUUUCCUGUGUGGGAAGUCCUUGCUAGAACUUGCCAGGAUGGAGAACUCUGUCUUGGGUAAUGCUUUGGAGGGAGUCCCGGAGGAAUCCUCAGAGGAGGGUGAGAAGCAGAAUGACUCAAAGAUUGAGAGUGCAGAUAACUUGGAUGAGAGAACCAGAGAUGAGCUCCGGGAACAGGUUUAUGAAGCUAUGUCUGUGGAGAAAGGAGAUUCUCAGGAAGGGGAACCAAAAGUGGACGAAGAGGAACAAGAAGUCAAGGAAACUACCAAGGAAAAUGCUACUGAAACUGGAGAGAAGACUGAGGUUCUUGCAGGAAAUGGAGAGAAGACUGAGGUGCCUGCCAAAAAUGGAAAGACAUCCAUAGGAAGUGUCAAAGGUGAAGAGCAGACUGCUGAAAAUGUUGAGGUGUUGGACAAAGAUGGCUCCUCAAAACAGGAAGAUCCGGUUACAAAAGAGGCAAAGGAGGAUGCUGAGCAAGAUGUUAAGUGCACAGAAGAACCAAGUGGGAAUGAACAGGCAGAGCCUAUGGAGGAAGGUGCUGGAGAUGCUGAGAAUGAUAAUGAAGAUGAUGACGAUGAUGAGGAAGCAGAUGCCAAUGCAGAGGACAAGGAGGAGGAGGAGGAUGUUGGCAAUCUCCAGUUAGCAUGGGAGAUGUUGGAAGUGGCUAAAGUGAUUUACAAAAGGAAGGAAAGCAAAGAGGACCAGCUAAUGGCAGCACAAAUCUUCUUGAAACUUGGUGAAGUUGGUGCAGAAUCGGGUAACUAUAACCAGGCUCUAGAGGACUUCCAGGAGUGCUUAUCCAUACAGCUGAAGCAUCUUCCUCCUCACAGUCGUCUUCUAGCAGAGACUCACUACCAGCUGGGCAUGACUUUUAGCUACACAGGCAAAUACAGCCAGGCCAUCCAACAGUUCAACAAUUCCAUCAAAGUCAUCGAGAGCCGCCUGGUCAUGCUUCAGGAAGUAAUUGACAAAACAGAAGGUGCUGAAGGAGCUGCAGAGGAAAAGCGUGAACUAGCAGAGCUAAAGCAGCUGCUGCCAGAAAUUGCUGAGAAGGUGGAAGAUGCAAAGGAAAGCCAGCAGACAGCUCCUUCAGCAUCAGAAGCGAUUCACCAGACCCUGGGAGGGGCCUCUACAUCCUCAGGAUUUGCAGCUGAAAACAGUGGUUCAUCUUCAUCUACAGCCACCCUGAUAGCAGUUAAGCCUGCUGCUGACAGUGCGUCCUCUUCAAAAUCUGCAUCGGAUAUCUCUCAUCUAGUCCGUAAAAAGAGGAAACCAGAAGACGAGAGCCCAAAAAAGGACAGUGAUGCUAAAAAGGUCAAACAGGAGACCACAGUUAAUGGCAGCGCCGACUCUGCCAGCAACAGCAAUGGAGUCCAGGAGAAAAUGGAACAGGAGGCUGUGAAUUCAUCUACCUCAGCUGAAGCCACGGCAUGAUGGAGCUUUCUACCGAGCUGCCCACUGAUCUUCCAACCAGCACAGCAUGCCUGCCUCAAGUCUCUUCAUGAACAGCAUUUUGUUUUGUAAAUAGGACAUUUACCUUUCUGUGUCUGUCCAAGAUUUUGUAUUGUAAAGUUUCAAUAAAUAUUUGCAUACAUCAA